CUCGACCGCCCCUCGCAGGUUUGGAGUAGCUCGCUGCUGCAGCCGGAUAAAUGUCGAGGUCCUUAGCUAAUCCAAGGCAUUUCUGUUUGAGCACGAGCAGAGCAGGAGGCGGCGGAAGUUCGAUCGUAAUCUAUCCAAAAUGGACAGGCGGCACAAAGGAGGAGGACCAGGUCCAGACUGGGGCGUGUGACUUGCAUGCAUCUUAUUUUUUUGACACUGCAGGCUAAAAGGCUGACUGGCUAAAAGAGAGCAGCUGUGGGACUUGUUUAGUGUGAAAGAGACAGUCAACUGAGGGAUAACAGUGUGUGCUUGUGUGUGUAUGUAUGUGUGUGUGUGAGAGUGAGAGAGAGAGAGCGAGAGAGAGAGAGAGAGAGAGAGGAGGGUUUGUGUGAGGGCUAAGCUCUUUGACAGCACCACAACCCUACACUGUAGCAGAGCUGAGUGGUGUGCCCUUCCCUCCCACAAGACUUGACUCAAAACCCCACAAGCCGAGUGAUCAUAUGAUGUUGCUUUUAAGAGCCCAGAGGGGAUCCUGCUGUUUGCAUGCCGGGCGGCAGCGGAAGUUGUGACACAUUUCUGACACAUUUCGUGUGUGACCUCAUUGCAAGAUGGCCAGCAUUAAAUCAGUAGAGGACAAUAUUUCAUAGUUAUACCGCAUUUACAGCUACAGUAGCUCUCACUGUAUCCCCAAAGGAGAAGCUAAUGGAGGAGGAAAGCUUGUGCUCCUCUAUACAGGAUAUUAGAGAUUCAGCUGCUCAGAAGUCACAGCAAGAGUCACGGACCUCUUCAGACCACCUGCAUCUCAAUGGACAGCAGGAGACUGUUGUGUGGCAUGAGGCCGAGACACAGAUAAACAUGAUGCACAGCACAGAACAGCUCAGUCCUCUCCCGAAAGGAAGACUACAGAGUCCCGAGGAGGCAGAAAACCAGUGGGAGCAAAUAGUAUUGCCGGUGUAUCCGAUGACCUGCACUGCUGCCCCGCUUUCCUUUGCCACAGUGCAGUGGGACAUGCCCGACCUCCCCUCGGAGAUGCCUUCGACCAUGACUGACAGCUGUUUGGCUGACGAGCUGCUGAGUUCUGGUGGAGAGGAUGAUGUACGCUACAGUCGUCGCACACGUAAAUCUUCUGAAGAGAAAAUAAUUGAUUUUUCCUUACAGGAGGACACAGAGAAACAAGAUGAGGUUGACUUACCACUGCCUCUAAAUACAGAUGUUGACACGUGGUGUGAAAACCUCUCUCAGCCAUGUGAUUCUGUAGAUGAGGAGGAGCAGACAGCACAGGAAAAGGACGAUCCGGCACGAGCGUCGUUAGAAGACAGUAACGAUAUCCCUCUGACAGACUCACAGAUAGACUCAGAGGAGGAAGAGGAAUGGCCAGUAACAGACGACAGUGAAGCUGCGGAGUCAUGCCAUAGUCCUGUGGAGAUUCAAGAUUCAGAAGAUGGGGCGGACAGUGAGAGUGCAGUUGACUCGAAAGUGGAAGAGGAACAGGAACAGGCGGACGUUAUGCUGACUGGACAGGAGAACUCAGAGCAAGAGUGUAGUUCAACAAACGGUGUUGAGAUAGAAAAAGAGGAUGAGGAAGGAGUUGAAGCAGAUGAGGGGCAGGCUGUGACAAAUGCAUCCUGCAGUGAAGAAAGUGAAGAGGCAAAAAAUAUUGGCAUCAUUUGCUCAAGUGACACGGAGCUUUCGGACGAGCCCGCACAAAGCGACCCCACUGGACUAACAAUAGAGCCAGACCAGCUGAUUUGUUUAAUGCAGUCAGAGGAUUCAGAAGAAAGCCGUCACUCUGACAGCACAUCAUCGUCUGAACAGGAUAUAGAAAAACAAGAACAUCUAGCUACAGCGCCUGCAAGUCACACUGAAGAGUCAACAGUAUAUGAAGAUAUGGAUCAGAUGGUGCAGCCAGAACAGCCAGAGCUUGCUCAACAACCAGAAAACAACGAGGAUCAUUUGAUACAGGAGGAAGAACAGGCAGAGUGGACGGAAAACUCUCUGGAGAAACCAGAGCAGACAAAACAAGUGGAACAGACUGGUUGUUUGGAACAGGCUGGUUGUUUGGAACAGGCUGGUUGUUUGGAACAGCCGUCAGAGCAGGGAAAACUUUGUGACCAAACGGUGACUCCACAGGACAGAGAAAUGUCAACGCGGCCACAGCUCUCUGAGUCAGAGGAGCUGGGGGAGACCGAAAAGUCAGAGCAGAUCCAGUCACACGAGGCGGAGACGCAGCACUCUGAAGACUGUGACCGGUCAGGACAGCCACAACAUCUGGAACAGUCACCACAGAUUGAGCCGGCAGAACAGUCAGCACAGCCAGAAGAUGAAGACCUGGCACGGCAGCCUGCACAGUUGGAGCAAAUAGUUUGUGUUGAGACAGAGCACACUGGAGUGGAAGAGCAGCCACAGCAGAUGGAGCCAUCAGAGCAGAAUGAGCAGUCAUUGCAAAUGACCGGCCCGUCUCCAAAACCAUCAGUAGACCCUGUGCAGCUUGUGGAAACUAACCAGACAGAUCAGUCAGAAAUAACUGAGCAGCCGUCUCCAGAGCUUCAUGUCUCACAGCCGACAGCAGAGGUCCAGUUAAAUCAGGUGGACGAGCAGGUAGAGCCCUCACAUCAGGACGCACAUGUCGAGUGUGUGAAGAAUGGAUCCUUACAGACUGUGGUGGAAAAUGGAGACGAGGACAAGCUCCCAGAGACAGAGGAGAACCACAUGAAUGGAAGCGGGGUGGACAGAGAGACGGCCUGCCGCUUGGCUGAGCGGCUCCAUAAGUUGGAUGGGAUCCAGCGCGUUGACGUGGUCAAAUACAUCGACAAAGAUAAUGACUUCAGUCGUGCGGUCGGAGAAGAAUACCUCAAAUUCUUUGACUUCACCGGACAGACUCUGGAUCAAGCCCUGAGGUCUUUCCUGAAAGUCGUGGUGCUGAUAGGAGAGACCCAGGAGAGAGAGCGGGUGCUGCAGCGGUUUGCCAGCCGCUUCCAUCAGUGCAACCCCGACUCCUUCCCCUCUGCAGGGCCGGUGCUGACUCUGACAUGUGCACUGAUGCUUCUCAACUCUGACUUGCACGGACAGAAUGUGGGAAAAGCCAUGACGGCGUCUAAUUUUGUGUCCAACCUGGAUGGGAUGAAUGAAGGAGAGAGCUUCAGCAAGGAUCUGCUGAAAAGUUUUUACAGUUCCAUUAAGACUGAGCCGCUGGAGUGGGCUGUUGAUGAGAAGGAGCUGACGAGCUCCAUAAUGCCGGAGGAAAGUGCUGAGGAUGAGGCGUCUCUGCGCUCCAAGAGCAACCCCUUCCAGGACGUCCCACACGACAGCAAGGCCAAAGUUGUCAAGCAGGGCUUCCUGCAGCGUAAAGUCCAUGCUGAUGUUGAUGGAAAACGCACUCCCUGGGGGAAGAGGAGCUGGAAAACUUUCUACGGAGUGCUGCGCGGCAUGGUGCUCUACUUACAGAAGGAUGAUUACAGGAAGGAGUGCCAGACUGUAGAGGAGGUGGUGAGCGUGCAUCACUCCCUGGCCGAGCAGGCGGCAGACUACACCAAGAAGCCCCACGUCUUCCGUCUGCAGACCGCCGACUGGAGGGUCUUCCUCUUUCAGGCCUCCUCCAAAGUAGAGAUGAAUUCAUGGAUCAACCGCAUCAACCUGGUUUCGGCUCUUCACUCGUCACCUCCGUUCCCGGCCGCUGUCGGCUCCCAGAGGAGGUUCUGUCGGCCCAUCCUGCCCGCCUCGCAGUCUGCACACACACUAGAGCGUCAGCUGCAGUCCCAUACAGGGAUGCUGGAGUCCUUCCAGGCCGACUUGGCCUACCUGCAGGAGAGUCUGCCAGAGGGACGAAGGGCCAAAUCCAAGGAGCUGGAGGAGCACCGUGUCAGGGCAGAGUACCUGCAACACGAGACUUGUCGGUACGAGGUCUACAUCCAGGCGCUGGAGGCCUGGAAGAGUUUAAACCUGACAGCUGACGUCACGGUGGACACUGCAGAACUGAGCCGGUUUGACAAAGCCAUGCGCACAGACUCUGUGGAUCAGAUGGAGGAGGAGGAAGGAGCACUGAAGAAAUCCCACUCCAGUCCCUCUCUGGAGCUGGAGAUGGCUCCUCCACCUGUGAUCAAGGUCAAACGCAAUAUCUCUGAGCGACGGACUUACCGCAGGACCAUCAUUCCUCGUCGGAAUAAAGACAUCUGACAGUUUCACGGUGAUAAGAGGACCCGUCUGUGGUGCCUUGGAAGAGAGGAUUGGUACGUUUCUGCUAUGCACUGUGUGGCGUGCGGUCCUCAUUGGUUUUAGUUUUUACAGUUCUAAUGAACAUGAAACUGAAAUAACGAUGGGACUCACUGAGAGGAGUGAGAAACACAAUCACUUUUUAAAUCUGCCUCAGCAAUCUUUUGCCGUUACUCUUCCUCCAAGAGUCAGCCUUUCUGCAUUUUUUCAUUUGCACUUUCACCAAAAAAAACCUCAAGUAGCCCUUUUUUUUGGUCAGAAACGGAUCCAUUCUCUAUUGAGUGACUCAAAAAUAUCUGGACCUAAAUUGUCUCUUGGGAUGGUACUAUAAAUAGUUUAAAUUUGCUUGUAUUUGCCAGUGUUGGCCUUUGGACAAAAAUAGGCCUUGUCAAAUUUCAACCACAAGGGGGUGCUGUAGCACAGGACAUCUUUGAGUGAACACACAGGUACAAGAUGCACCAUCUAUGUUGUCUUUUAAACUGGUGCGUUUUAAAUGAUCCUAAUUGCACUUUUUUUCUUCUUUCAAAAAUAGUGUAUAAAAUCUUGUACAUUUGAUUUUUAUGAGCAUGUAUGUCUGACUAUUAGAGCUAUGAUUUACAUAUGAAGGAUUCAAAAUGUGGUGUAUCUAUUUAGAGAAAUAGUGCCUAGCUUCAUCAUUCAAUAUCAGCGAGACCUGGAAUGGUUGUAACAUUUUUGGUUUCAUUAUCUAUAACUGAGAGGUUUUUUAUA